AUAGCAAAAGACACUGGAUUACAAUAUCAUAGCAAUAUGCUCAUGCCACAGUACGUUUAGCUUGAACCAGCAGUCACCCACAUACUUGCGCAUGACAGUUAAGCCGAAAGCAGUGCAAGCUUGCAAGUUUAACAUUGCGACGUAAGACCAUCCUAACCUAAGCAACCUGAGCUGGGCGAUACGUGGAGGGCGGCCUGCUUGCACCGCCUACUUAGCUCGGGUGGCCUUAUCACGAGUCCUUUGGCGCCUGCAUAACAGGGCAGGGUCGCCAUGGGAAUCACAAAGGAACAGCAAACCCAAAAGCUAUUGACGCUUAAAGCGCUUGAAGAUGCGAAAGGGAGGAGCCGGCACCCCCGCUCACCGGCUGUGUUCCGCGAAACCGCGCUGGACACCCACAAAACCCUGGCCUCCGACUUCGAUGGACCCGACUACAUCAUGCCUAGGAGGGACUACCCCACACGCAUCGGUUCAGCCACCGUCCUCGAAGCCAACCGCCAGAAGAAGGCCGCCCUGGAGGCCCUCCUCCGCACCUCCCAGUUCUCCGCGCCCGGCGAGGUGCGCAGCGUCUUCGUGCCCACCGCGCAGCAGCUGCCGGUGUGUCUGGCGGCGGGCGAGCGGCGCGCCAACGUGGCGGCCAGCGAGUGGGCGCUGCUGGACACGCUGGGGGUGACCAUGUUUGACCGGGAGCGCGAGCGCGAGGAGCGGGCGGUGCGGGUGCUGCAACGGCAGCAGCGAGUGGCGCUGGACGGGCAGAUGGCGGCGCUGCAGCAGACGAGGCGCGAGGCCGAGGCCGCCAAGGCUGCCGAGCGGCAGGCGGUGCUGAGCGGCGUGUUCGAGCACCACGCGCGCACCCGGCAGCGGCUGGACUCGCAGCGGGUGGCCAACAUGCAGCUGAGGAAGGAGCGGGAGGGCAUGCUGGCGGAGGCUCGUGCCGUCCGCGAGGCCUCCGUGGCCGCCCGGCGCGAGGAGGAGGCCCGGCUGGUGGCGCAGGAGCGCGCCAAGCUGGAUGCGGACCGCGCGGCGGCCGCUGAGCGGGCUGCUGCGCUGCGGGAGCGGGUGGCGCGGGACAUGAUGGAAAACGAGGUGCAGCUGGUGAAGCGGCGGCAGGCGGAGGCGGCGCAGAAGGCGGCGGAUGCGGAGACAUCCAAGCGCAUGGCGGAGAUGAUGUUGUCCCAGGAGCGGGCUCGCGAGGGGGUGGCGGAGGCCAUCCAGGCCAAGGUGAUGGCGCGGGCGGGGCGGGCGGGCACCAAGGCGCUGGACGACAAGCGGGAGCGGAUCGAGCGGGAGGACCGGCUGAUCGCGGAGGCCACCCGGGAAGCGGAGCGGCGCGAGGCGGAGCGCGAGGCGGCUGAUGCGGCCAAGCGGGCCCGGCAGAAGGCGGAGAUGUUCGCUGUGAAUGAGGAGCUCAAGCGGGCCAAAGCGGAGAGGGAGGCGGCGGCUAGGGAGGCGGAGCAGCGGGCGAGGGCCGCUGCGGAGAUCCGUUCCGCCGCCGAGCGCGCCGAGGCGGAGCGGCGGCAGCUGGAGAGCCGCGAGCGCGCCGCCCUGACGAAGCGCAUCGUGGCCAGCCAGGCGGAGGAGGCGCGCAUCCAGGCCAAGUACGCGGACAUUUUCAUGACCGAGCAGGAGCGCAAGCUGAACCGCGAGCUGCUGGACGAGGCAUUCAUCACGGUGGGGGAGCCGCGGCAGCUGUCUGUCAUCAUCAAGUAGAGCGGGGGUGGAGAAAGGAAACCC